GGCUUUUGGUUCAGGAUGGACAACUCUUUUCUUUCUCGGAGCCGACGAAGCUCCAUCAUGCGCACUUGCAGAACAGGUCUCUCCCUCUGGGUGCUGGCAUGGCUGGUCCUCGGCGAGCUCAGUCCGGCCUCGGCGUGUCCGCACCGCUGCGUGUGCUACCCGACGCCCAUGACUGUGAGCUGCCAGGCGCAAAACUUCACCGCCGUCCCCGUCGGAGUGCCGUACGAGUCUCAGCGCGUGUUUCUGCAGAACAACCGGAUCACGGAGCUCAGAGUCGGGUCUUUUGGCUUCGGAACUCAGGUUCUUUGGCUGUUUUCCAACAACAUCACAUGGAUUGAGGCGGGGGCUUUCAGUGAGCUGAGGGACUUGGAGGAGUUGGACCUGGGGGACAACCCUAACCUCCACCGGCUGGAGGGGGGAGCUUUCCGCGGGCUUGAGAAGCUCCAGAGCCUCCACAUGCACCGCUGCCGGCUCACAGCCCUGCCCCAUGACAUCUUCCACAAGCUGUACAGCCUGCAGUUCCUCUACCUGCAGGAAAAUAAUCUUCACUUCCUGCAAGAUGACAUCUUUUCUGACCUCAUCAACUUGAGUCAACUGUUCCUGCAUGGCAAUCGUAUCCGGACCCUCUCGGAGAACGUGUUCCGGGGCUUGGUCAACCUGGACCGCCUUCUCCUCCACGACAACCGCAUCAGGCAGGUGAAUCGCCGCGCCUUCCGCGACCUGGGCCGCCUCACCAUGCUCUUCCUCUUCAACAACUCCCUGGCGGAGCUGCCCAGCCAGGCGCUGAGGGACACCCAGGGAAUCGAGUUCCUCCGCCUCAACGCCAACCCCUGGUCCUGCGGCUGCGAGGCCCGCGCCCUGUGGGAGUGGUUCCGCGAGGCCCGCGUCUCCUCGUCCGAAGUGAUCUGCGCCUCCCCUUCCACCCGCCGGAGCCAGGACCUCCGCUUCCUCCGCGAGAUGGACUUCGCCCUCUGCCCCCUGCCCGACCCCGGCUCCAUCGCCGGCUCCACCACCACCACCUUCAGCACCAAGACCCGCUGGUGGUUCCACAAGAACAAGCCCCAGUCCUCCACUAAAGGCGUCUUUGAAAAGUCCUCCGAGACCGUCAAGGCCGGUUUGUACGGGAAAGGCCCCUCCACGACCACGUCGGUAGUCAAGUACGAGCUGGGGGAGGACGAGCUGGCCCUGCCCAAACUUGAUCCAGAAGAGUACUGGGAAAACUACGGCAAUGAGGACUCAGGUGUCACGGUGCGGUGCUUCGAGCUCGAAUGUCCACCUGAGUUCGACCUGCCUCCAUCUUCCUCCGCUCCCAGAAGGUCGCAACUCUCUACCUUCUCACUAAUGGCUCUUUCUGUUUUCACCCUCAGUCUCAACCUGCACCAGCUAUUUGGCUGAAUCAGACUCUUAGUCCCAGACCCUUCUCCUUCCAGCCUGUUUUAAAGGCUGAAGGAUCCCUAUAUGACUCUUUGUACCCCCUUUGCCCACUCUGCUGUAAGCAAAUCCUCAAGCAACAGCAAGGGAGAUGGGGGGGGCGGCUAGAUUUUGAAUCUACCAUCUAUAGGGCUUAACACUUUUCAGGGCUGCUAAGAGUUCUUCAGCCAAGAUCAUAAUACAUAUAUCUGCAAUGCUCUACAGGUAUGAUUUUCUGUGUCUUACCUGUAUGAAGUCAUGCAACGGUUCCCUGUCAUCAGGGCGACGAGGGCUGAGUCCAUCACUUAUCUGAAUGGAGUUUGAUAGCAGAUGUGAAUGAUUUUGUCAAUUUUGUCAUCUCAAACUUAGUCAGUACUGCUAGCGCUAUUAGUGCAUCCAGGUAUCUGGCUGCUACAAAUACUACAAUUACUGUUAGAACCAGUGCUCAGUAAUUACAAUACUGUAACCACUUAAAGUGUCAUGUAAAUAGGCGUGUAUUCCGUGAAUGUUCAGACUGGUAUCUGUACUCCAGCACCAAUCACCUUCAUCUUGAUCCAGGAAAACUGUGAAGGCUUGUGCCUCUACGUGACAGAGCACCGUGUGCAGCGAGUGAAGGGAGAUUACACUGUGAUGAAGAGAGCCAGAAACAGGAAAGUUGGAGGAAUGCAGAGAGGUCACAGAAGAAGGACGGCCGACAGGUAAAACGACAGGACGAGAAGCGCAGGGUAGUUUCAUUUUAAAGAAACAGCAGUGAGAAAAGGCAGUGACAGUGCUGGCAGUAGAAGCGGCAACCUGCUGGAGACAAGUAAUAAACCACCAUCUAUAGUUAUUCAUUAACUCAUACCAUCCUUCCAUUUUCUGUAAAUAUGCUGUUGUUUUGCGACAACCACAUGGAUUGAAUGCUUCCUAUCAGGAAGCCAGAUAUUUUGGGUUUUUGAAUGUCUUUCUGUGACAUGGAUACAAUGUGUAAUUAUUGUUCAAUUUAAUGCAGAUGAAGAUAUUGAUAAAAAAAGAUAUACUGAAUUUUUCCUGAAUCAUGCGUCUCUUUGGGGCAAUGUUUGCAAAAUAUAUUUUAAUUUGAAGGGGUUUCAAGGUUUACACUGGAGGCAAUAUGAAUAAGUAAAUAUGGAACAGAGUUGCUCACAAUAAGAUAUAAAAAUGCAGCAAAAAAGGAACAGCUCGCCGCUGUGUGACUAAACUGUGAUAAAAUAUCUUGAGGACCAAAAAGUUAGACCACAAGGUCACAUGGAGUGGCUUUGACUCGAAUGGCUAUCUGUGUGUGUGUGUGAUUGUAGAAAACAGAAUGAAUGGCUUCACAUGCUGGAAGCUCUGCAAAAGGCAAAAACGUCAGUGAGCUUAUCACUUCUGACUCAACGAUGGGCCAUGCCAGAUGAACAGAUGAGGUGCUAACAGUCUGAUUUGUAAAUACACCGAGUGAGAAAUGAGAGUCUGGAACCAGAGAGAGCAGGAGAUAAAUUAAGACCGACAAACUGCAUGACGUGCAGACUGAUGGAGGGGAGGCAAACUCACAGAUUCAUAGUCAGAAAAGUCGAACUCCAAAAGAAAUUAUUAAUGCUGAUGCUGCGAAAGUAUGGAGAGCUAAUGAUAUAAGUGAGCUGCAGAAGGAGCGAGAAAAAAAGCAGGAGGAACAGUCCAAAUAUAGGCAUCUCCUUCAGUAGUUUAUACAUUUCUCCCUUUCAAAAGCAGAUGUAUAUGUUAUGUUGUAGGAAGCAAAACGGAGUGCUGAUGUAUUUCAUUUCUUUUACGUCCUCAGCCUUUUUGGUACUCAAUUUUUCUAAAGAUUUCUCCAUGUUUCAAGGGCAGUGAUACAACUUUUCAAUUGAGGUGACUCGGGAAGGAAGAGAUGCAGCAGGAGUGAGAGAGUGGGUGGUGAAUUCAGAGAUCUACGCACACACACACACGCACACA